UUCACCUCCCAACCGAGAAACUACAGUACACCAAUCCGUGAAGAUUGAUAUGAUCACGCAUACUCCGAUCCUUAAAACUGGCCCCACUGAUCAGUAAUCCACACCGUCCAUAUGAUAAUCCCUACCAUGAAUGUAAAACCUCCCAAAAAUCUCUCAUUCUAUACAAUCAAAACCCUUCAAUCAAUCACCCAAAAUAGAUGAUCAAAACAUUUAAAACACAGCAAUGUAAGCUAUUUCUAAAUCAUCCACCGCCCAUUUCAAAGCCCAUCAAAACAACGAUCCAGAUCUCUCAAGACUGCCCCAAAAAAGAAAAAAGAGCACUUGUAGAAGAACCCAAGCUCUCCUUUUCAUGUUCCCCACAACCCCUCUCUGUCAUGGGUUUCAGCUCCCUCUCUCUCCUCCUUAUAAUCACCACCACCUCCUCCCUUCUCUUCUCCCUCACCGCCCAACACCACCACCUCGACCACCUCAUGCGAGACUACGCUUUCCGGUGCUACACCAACCACCCAAAAACCGCCUUCCUCUACACAAUCCCCCUCCCCUACAACCUCUCCGGCAUCCGGGCCCACACAAUCCGCUACCGCAGCGGCAGCCUCCACAGGUACGGAGCACGAAUUCAGCAGUUCCGCCUCGCGCCUGGCGCUAACGUGCGCCCCUACGUGGAGCGACUUAUCAUAGUCCAGCAGCAUUGGGGGAACUGGUCCUCUGUUUACUACAAGAGCACAAAAACCACAUCCGAUUUCCACCUCAUCUCUCCCGUCCUCGGCCUUUUCGCUUACGAUGCCGACAAUCUCACGGACCCGUCGGGUAUUGAAAUUUUCAUGGAGAAGCCAAUGACCGUUGAUUUCUCUAACGUGGCAGUUCCUCCACCGGAGAAUUCACGACCGUUGUGUGCUUACUUCGGUCCUGACGGUAGCGUUAGUGUGUAUAAUCAGAGCCAAUCAACGGCUGGCGUUUGUUUUGGAUUCGGACAAGGACAUUAUGGAAUGGUGAUUAAGAACAUGCCAGAGUGGCCGGGGAAGGUGGGCCGUAGCGGCGGUGAUGGGGAGAUUAGUAAGUGGAAGGUUGUUAUCGGAAGCUCCAUCGGUGGGAUUUUGGUGGCAAUGCUUCUUGGAUUGCUUUGUGUUGCGCUUGUGAAAAUGAAGAAGAAGACGAAGAUAGCGGAAAUGGAGAGGAGAGCUUAUGAAGAAGAAGCAUUGGAGGUUUCUAUGGUGGGGCAUUUUAGAGCUCCGACAGCGCCGGCGAUGAGGACUUUGCCGGCCCUUGAAAAUGAUUAUACUCCUUGAAUUUUCAUUUUCGAAGAAAAGGCAGAAAAAAAGAAAAGAAAGUAAGGUCAUCUCAUUUCGAUAAAAGACCCAUCCCCUAUCUUGAUGAUUAUUAUUUUUAGGAAAUUAAAGUAGGAUUUUUCUUUUAUUUUAUUUUUGCGGGAUUUGAUCGGUGGCGCCGGUGAGUAGACGGCGAGUAUAAAAUGAUUCUUUGGAAUUUGUGUAAUUUUUCUUUUAUUUAAUUUAAAUUUUUUGCAUUUUAGUUCACAUAUUUCAUUUAUUUUAUGGAUGUUUGGUUUUUUGGAGAA